GCUUGUUGUGGUUCGCGUUCAGGGGGUGUUUCGCUUCCGGGACGGUACGGCCCUCGUGGUCGUCUGUGGAGUUACGGGAACGUUUCUGUGAAGGGAUUCUGGGAGAUUUGCUUGUAAUCAGUAGUUACGUGUUGGAGGGUGAUAAUUGCUUUCUUGGUACACGUGAAUACGGUGCCAGAGCCGGAGGUGUUGAAGUGUAUUUGACAGGCCGUUUCCUUUUGAGGGGGGCUUGUGAAGAAUCUCUAACAGAUUGAGUUUGUGGGGAAGAUUCGAAAGAAGUUCAGUAGCAAAAAAGUAAGAGAGGAGAUUUCUCGAGUGUUGCGUGUGAGAGUGAAGAGUAGCCAGAAAAACAACUCAAGGAAAGGAUUUUCCUCGGAAUUGGAGGAAACCCUUGAAUACAACAGAUCCCGAAUGCUCGUAUAAGCCGGACUAAGGGGAUUGAAUACGUAAAAAAAGUACUGAAGACCAGGCCGUCAGGUUUGUUACCGUGGUAGGAUUUAUGUGGACCGGGAUUCCGCCAAGAGUAUCCCUUUCUCAUCCUUCGGAAUGUGUCAAAGUGUAAGCCAGAGCUCGUAAAGAGUAGUACGAUUGGCCUCCCACCCCCUUACGGUGUAUGAUUGUGGUGCAGAGGAUGCAGCGAUAAAAACGGGCCGAAUCCUUCGCGUAAAGUGCUCGAACGAGGGUGAAUCCUCGCGCUCAUAACCAGAACGAAUCCUUGGAAAAAGGGAAAAGUGUGUAAUCAUCGUUCGUGCUGGGAAACCCCCUCCAUUAUAACGAGGGAAAGAGAGAAUGCGGGCAAAUUUGGUGUAAAAUACAGAGUGUUUCUGUGUGCCAACAUAAUAAGAUAGUCAUUUUUAAACCAGAUAACAGUUACCAAACUGUGAGUGUACGUGUACGUAAGUGCGACUUUUCCACUAACGAGAAAAGCCAAUCAGGAUUAAAAGGAUCAACCGAGAAGACAAACACUGGCUGCCGCGCGCCACUGAGAAAGAAUCAGUGCAAAAUGAUACGUAAACCAAUUAGGGAUUCAACCGGGCGGAUGGAUUAAAAGGGUGGAAAGGAUCACCGGCAGAGGUAGCAGCAGCAGCAGAAGUGUUUCAACGUCCGGUCCUGGUAUCUCCUUCGCGUGGAAUGGAAGGAUUUCUCUUGUAAUUUUGUAACAGAACAUGGAUCUCUGGCACACCUAGAAACUAUGAGGCACAUAGUGGUUGUGAUGAUUUUCUUAAACGUUAACAAUGGCAUCUCCUCGCCCUCGCAAACGGUGGACAUUGACGAGCCCCACACGUACACCCCACCGAAGCACUACUUCCAGACGUCGUCCUUUGACGAGGCCGAUCUGGACGGGCCAGAGGGCGACGGCAUCGCGCGGAAUCCGCUCGACCGGGGCCCGUACUUUGACAUUUCGGCCUCCCGGAACGUGACCGCGCUCGUCGGCAACACGGCGUACCUCAACUGCCGGGUGCGGAAUCUGGGGAACCGGACGGUAUCGUGGAUCCGCCACCGGGACCUGCAUCUGCUGACGGUGGGCAAGGCCACCUACACGUCCGACCAGAGGUACCAGAGCGUCCACAAUCCGGCGCUGGACGAUUGGUCCCUGAAGGUGCUGUACCCACAGCCACGGGACUCUGGCGUGUACGAGUGUCAGAUAUCUACGACGCCCCCGGUGGGAUACUCCAUGACACUAUCCGUAGUCGAACCCAUCACGACGAUAGUGGGCGGUCCGGAUCUGUACAUCGACACCGGGUCGACGGUGAACCUGACCUGCAUCGUGCGUCAUCUGCCGGAACCGCCGCCGCUCAUCCUGUGGACACACAACAGCGAGGAAAUCAACUACGAUUCGCCACGUGGCGGCGUGUCGGUGAUAACGGAGAAGGGUGACAUCACGACGUCCUAUCUGCUGAUCCAGCGGGCGAAAACCUCCGACUCGGGCAAGUAUACGUGCUCACCCUCGACGGCCAAUCCGAUCACGGUGAACGUGCACGUGCUCAACGACUCUCCGGGUACCACUGAAGAUUUACUUCAAACUCUCCGGAUGAAGGGCGAACAUCCGGCGGCGAUCCAGAGCGGCCACUCGCUGCGAAGUAAUCUCAUCCUGGCCGGGUUCUGCACGGGCCUGCUGCUCCUGCUGUCCAUCUACAGGGUCAGCGGUGGUGGCGACCGGUCCUCGACUGUCAGAUAAAACUGACCAUAAAUCAGCCUCCCCCCGAAAGAGAGAGAGCGAAAAAAGGAACUCUUCGUGAAUGAUUCAACGAGAACCUUAAGUGUGUGUGUGCGUGAAUUAAAAUGUGAGUGUGUGUGCGAGAUUGUCACUGCACCAGAUAGUAUAUACACUUAGUGAAAGAUAGUUGACCCUAGCGUAUAAAAUAUGAUGACCAGUCGAAGAAGAAGAAGAAAAAAUCGAGGACAACGAGGAAAUGUUACAAAGUAUUACGGCAAACUUACACACACACACGUUGGGGGAAAAAACGAGCAGAAACAAGUGGAAUCUAGCCGGAAAAUUAUAAUUGGAAAGGCGAAAGCUCUCGAGCGUUGCCAGCAGUUGUAACUGCAGUGACGAACUCUCUGUAACUCCGGAAAAACUCGGGUGAAAAUGGUGGCCCUUUUCCUUCCUGCUUUUUUUUUUUUUUUUUUUGCUGGGUCAGAACACUUGACUUAACCCGCGUCAAAGUUUCAAAAUGAUGGCAGCUCACUGCAGUAGCAAAGUGGUGAUGGUCAGUUCCGAGGGGGUGUUGGAAAAAGUGGUAAAGUUUUUCGAAAGAAACAUGCUGUUGGGGUAAUUAUGAGGGGGAGUUUUUUUUCGGAUUUUAUCUCGGGGAAUGGUUGGACAUUCAGGAAGUUGAAAAAUGGUUCCAAGUUGUCGUUCUUGGAAGGGUUUGGGAACAUUUUUGUUGAUGGUUUUUUGAUACAAAAAAUGUAUUUUUAAUUGCAGCCACGAGGGCGACAAGAAAAAAUUAUUUCUUGCCAAGAUUAAACGAUUAAAAGUGCUUAAAAUCUGAAGAAACAAAAGUUUGUUGAUUGCAAUUUUGAAGUUUUCGUAAUCUCUCGUAUCUCUGGGGCAAAAAGGCAAAACGAUUUUUGAUUUUAUUAAACACGUAAUGUUUGAUGAAAUCUGCAGAUCCCGAAUAUUGGUUUACAUUUCGAAUUCUCAAAAAAAAUGACGAAUGAAGCUAAAAAAAAAGUUGCCAAUGAAUCGCAAAAUGGUAUUGCGAUCAAAAUGCUUGUUCGCUCUUUACUCGUGUUGGUUCGUAUUGAAAAAUAAUCCCAUUUUUUAUAAUAAUUCCUUCAGGGGAUUAGAUUUAUUUUUAAAGUAGUCACAACAAAAUAAUAAAGUUUAAUAAGACACUUCGGCAAAAUUCUAUUAACAUUUAAACUUUUUUUUAGUGGGUUAACUUGAUCCGUUUCCUCCAAUCCAUGAUCUGUUUUUUAAUAUACUCCCAGAACUGGGCAAUGGCAUACGAUAGGAUAAAGAGCACGAUUCGGUAGUAAAAUGGUACUGUGUGCGGACGGAGAGGAUAAAUCCCGAAAUUACCGAGAUUACUUUACUCAUUGGCUCAUUUUCCAAAAAAGUUCAUGUAUCAAAAAAAAAGUACCAGUACCGAGACUCGAACCCAAGACCUUCGGCAUAUUGAACCGUGCCUUUGCCGUAUGGGCCACCAUGGUUCGGUGACUAAGUGGCGGUCAUUUAUCCAUAUAAGCCACUCAAAAGGAUGAACUGUUUCAAUGAACGAAUGAACACGCGAGAGGUCUUUACUCUCGCGAAAUAGUACUUUCCUCACGUUUCUAUUCGGGAAGACUAUCCCCUCGUUAUUUAACUUUGAGUGUAUCUUGGUAGAAAUUUAAGGUUAAAUAUUAUCUUUCCAUCUCUGAACAGUUAAAACUCUUUACCAUUUCUCAUUUGAGGAUUUUUCUGUUUUUCGCAAAACUUAUCGAAUUAUUCAUUACACUUUACCUUGUUAUUUUUAUAAUAAGGUGAAGUACACCCAAAGUUAAAGACCGAGGGGAUAGUCCUCACGAAAAGAAACGUGAGGAAAGUGCUAUUUUGCGAGAGUAAAGUCCUCUCGCGUGUUCAUUCGUUCAUUGGAACAGUUCAUCCUAUUGAGUGGCUUAUAUGGACAAAUGACCGCCACUUAGUCACCGAACCAUGGUGGCCCAUACGGCAAAGGCACGGUUCAAUAAGCCAAAGUCCUUGGGUUCGAGUCUGGGUACCGGUAAUUUUUUUUUGAUAGAUGAACAUUUUUGAAGAUGAACCCAUGAGUAAAGUCCUCUCGGUAAUUUCGCGAAUUAUCCUCUCCGUCCGCACACAGUCGUUAUCCUCUCGUAUGCCGAUGCCCAGUUCUGGGUGUAACAUUCCAUAGGUCACCUUCCUAAGGUGUCGUGAUAAGGUCCAGUUUGUGACGAUACACUACCUUCCCUAUACUAAGCAAUCGAAUCUAGAAGAGAAACGAUCACCAGUUGUGUUGGUCCGAGCCGGGAUUUGAACCCCGAUCUACCGCUUACUAGGCGGAAGCGUUACCACUAGACUACGUGGCUCGGUCCAAGCCCAGUUUUGGGUGUAUUUUAAACAAUGAAAUGAUGUGAAAUUUAAGUAAAAAAUAAACUUCAACAACUUGAUUAUUUUAAAAAAAUUGUGAUGUUAGGCCAAAUACGAAAAAAAAAUUCGCUUGAAAAUGUGCCCAGGAAAUAUAACAAAGUUUUAAAAUCUGAUAGGAACAGAUCAUAAAUCAGAUAAAAUUGUAAUAUUUUAAAAGUUGUUGGUCUUUUUUUAAGACAUUUUUCAAAGAAUCCUUUGUUUUUCGUAAACACGAGUAUGAAUAAUCAAUGUUUAUGAUGUUUGAGUUAUGUUUUCUAACCAAGGUUAGAUUAGAUCAGAGCAAUUCUCUACAAAAUGAGCUUUUUUUUAAUCUCGCUGAAACUUUUUGAGUCCCUUUCGUUUGCCCAAAGAAGCCAUUUUGCAUCUUCAGUUUGUCAAAAUUAUUUUCCAUACAAAUUUGGCUUACAAAAAUGGUAUUUGAAAAUUAAAAAAAAUAUAUUUUGGAUCGAUUUUGUGUUUUCGUUUUUUGUAUUAAAAAUGAUUUAAAAAAAAACUUUUAAUAUAUUUUGAGUUGACAAAAAUGCAUUUAAAAAAAGCCUAUUUUUGUUCAGUUAUUUUCAUGCAGGAAUAACAACCGGAAAAUUAGAUUUUCUCAGAGUUGCCCAAUAAACCCUCUUUUUUUUAUCUCAGAUAUUUUGGGAACUAAUGGUCCGACUUUUAGUGUUGAAAAGAUGCCAUUUUUGUGAAAUUUUCUUCUCUUUUCAUUAAAAAUAUUUUUAAAAAAUGUUGUAAUCAAGAUUUUAUUCAAAACACUCGUUUUGGACAUUUUUAAAAAUUGAGCCAGAUUUGAAAAUUUUAAAUAACAAAAAUCUAGAAUUUUAAGUUUUUAGCAUUGAAAAUCGGACAAAUAGGCCCAUAGACAUCGGUGAUCUAAACAAGAAGGCAAGUUUGACAACUAUGAGGAAAUCUAAUUUUUUCUGUUUAUUUUUGUAAUCUUUGCAUGGCCGUAUCUCAGCAAACAAAGGCCGUACCAAGAAUGUUGUAAAAAAAUGUAAGAAAUUUCCUAAGCUUAUCCAAAAUAUUAUUGUUUUAAAUGGUUUAACAUGGCCCAUCAAAAAGAAUUAAAAACACCGUUUUUUCAAAAAAAGUUACCUAAACAUGAUAAUAACUUGUUUACGGUGCGUGCACUUUACAAAGAUUUUUGUUUAGUACUUUUUGAUUAAAAAAUUGAUUUCACUUCAAAAAUUACGUAAAAAUUAAAUUGACCCAAAAAAAAGUAUAAAAAAGUUUAUUUUGGAAAUUAUUUAUUACAGUAGUUCCAUCCAUACCGACAACUUUGCCGAAGACACCAAAUCGAUCGAAAAAUUCUUCAAAAGAUACUAAUUUAUGAUUUUUUACAUACUGAGAACACCCAAAAAGGCAGAUUAAAAAGUACUAAAAAACGAAAAUCCUAAAACUUGAUUUAAAGAUAAGAUUAAAAUUUACU